AUGACUGUCGCCGUCGACCCUAACUUCAAGUCGUCCUUGCCACCUCGCAAGAGAGCUAGAACUCAAGAGGAGAAGGAACAGCGUCGUGUGGAGCGGAUUCUCAGAAACAGAAGAGCCGCCCACGCGUCGAGAGAAAAGAAGCGGAGACACGUGGAGUAUCUCGAAUCGUACGUGUUGCUGAUGGAGGCCAACUUAGCCAAAUUGUCCGACAAUUUUGCCGCUGUUUGCAACCUUCUCCCUCAAGACAAGAUUGACUCGCUCAACUUGCCUGCUCUCCAAGACUUGACGUCAUUAAAAAAUCAAAUACACGCGAACAUGUCCCUGAACAACAACUCCACGAGGGGCACCAAGAGCGGUUCAGUUCUGUUCGGCGACGAGGAGAUUGACGAUUUCGACUCCCAAUGCGACUUUAAUGUCGAGGGAACUCCAAGAAUUCAAGUCAAAAAGGAAGAAAGCGAUGAUGUUGCGGAGGCGGUGACUCCACAGUCAAAAGUUGUUGUCAAGGCGGAGGUGUCUCUGCCGCAACUCUUGUCAACCUCAUCCUCGGGCUUUUUCAACUACCUCCUGCCCGUGUCUAUAAAUUCCCCAGUUAAUUCGCCUAUCGAUCUACAAUUGAAGACUAGCGAAUCGACGGAAGCUCCAGAGUCCUUCUCUGGCUCAAGUACAUCCGGCUCUAUGCCAAGCACACCAGACAUGUCCAAUCAUCAUGACGACGUUUCGAUGAUGGGUCCAGCUACAUCAGCCUUCGACGUAUUGGCGCAAAAUCCAGCAGCGGUUUUGUUCCCAAGGUUAGUCGUGGCUUGA